AUGGCGAGAAUGACUAGCUAUGUGCAAACGGGAGCGGUUGUCUCGGACACCUUGGAAUACAUUAUGGAAGAUCUCAGGGGCAGUAGUACACACUGUAGUUCACGGAACAAUUACAAAGAUCACCUUACGAGAGAAAUAUCCGGUCGACCUGGCCGAGAGGAUUCCGAAGAUGAAGCGCAAGAUCCGGCCAAUAAUGAAGCUGUUGAUAAAGGAGAACAAAAUACUGCACGGGAUCGAGUGACCAUCAAACUCGUUGUACAUCGUGUUGCGGGACCGGAUGCGGAGGAUGAAGCAGAGACCGCGAGUGCACGAUCGAACAGUCAGCUUGCUCAACGUGGAGCAAGAAAGGAAGCGGAAGAAGAUGAGGAUCGUGAAGCACGGGCAAAUCGAAACGAGCCAGACAGAGAUGCACGCAGAGAAACAAGAAGGCAGCAACGGGCCCGAUUAGAUCGGAAUCGAGAUGACGUCCGAAGGCGCCCGCGUUAUGGUCAGUGUAUUAUAUGGAGAAUUCAAUUGGCAAAUAAAUAA